AUGGGAAACAGCUCAUCCUCCGCUAGUCACCGCCAUCAGGACGACACCGUCGAUUUUGGCUUCCUUACGCCCCAGGGCGUCUACACCGGCCCUCGGGACUGGAAUCAGGCGAUUGUGUCGCAGCUGAUAUGCGCGCGCAAGUUGGCGCCGUUCUACCGACCGCUGGAGGACUACGAAGAGGACUGGGAUGACGAUACCAUCCUAGCCCAUCGAAAGCAACCGCCUCAGAACGCGGACAUGUUGUCGGACGCAAACACAGCUUUUCGAGUCGAGUCUUCGACAUCUUCAAGCAGCAUGCGGUCGAGUAAACGCCCACCACUGACGAAGGAAUCGGCGAAGAACGAGGCGGCGAUUUACAGAGGCGCAGUAGAAUGCCCCAUCUGCUUCUUGUAUUACCCUCCAAAUAUCAACCAUUCUCGCUGCUGUGACCAGGCUAUCUGCACAGAGUGCUUCGUACAAAUCAAGCGAGCGGAACCGACUACGACCCAUGUCGUCUCUGAACCAGCUGCCUGCCCAUAUUGUGUUCAGGAGAACUUCGGCGUCGUCUACACUCCCCCUCCAUGGCGCGCUGGUCUGAACAGCGACGGCGCACCUUCUCCCUUCUCCGGCUCUCCGAAGGGCUCUCAGCUGUCUGUCGACACUCCCGCCCCUCAGCGUCAUAAGCGUCGUCAGAAGAGCUUUAGCGCUGACAGCCCCGAAGUGGUGACGACGGCUAACUUUCUGCAAGAUCAAAUCCGUCCUGACUGGGAACAGAAGCUCGCAGCCGUGCGCGCCGCAGUUGCUCGCCGUGCUAACCGUCGCAUUAUCAUGCGGCAGGUUGGUGACCGCCUCAUCCCUGUCGGUGUAUCGUCAGGCCGUGUCCAUGCACUUAGCCCCGAGGAAGCCGCGAGCACCCAGGAGAUCGAACAGGACAGCGGUUCUGGGAGCCGCAGGUCCAGACGACGGCAGAAUCAGGGCGGUGGCGCCUUCGACCAGUUCGUGGGUAUGGGAGGCCAGGAUUUGGAAGAGCUUAUGCUCAUGGAGGCCAUGCGCCUCUCGCUUAUACAGCACGAGGAGGAAGAGCGUAAACGCAAAGCCGAGGAGGAAAAGCAGAAAAAGAAAGACAAGAAGAACAAGAAGAAGACUGGCGAUGCGGGUCCCAGCACCGCGACCGCCCGCGCCAGCGAAGACGGCGGUGCAUCCGCUGACAGUGGAUCUGUCGCUGGUACAGAGCCGCAGCGAACGUCGACGUCGUCGUCCGGCAGCUCCCAAGUAGCUGCUGCACCUUCGGGGGCUACUUCCAGUUCGUCUUCUGCCCAGAUCCGCAGCGGUUCGCCCUCACCUUCUGCGGCGCAGCCACUGUCGAGUAAUCCCCCGCUAUUGCCAUCAAGUACGCCCACGACGCCGUUUUCAACACUAAACGCCGCGUUAAGCUCGACCCUCACUGCAAGCGCCCUGCUUGCCAGUGGGGUGGACGGCGAUGUGACACCCCAACCUGCGGCAGCGGACAGGCCUUCGCAGCCGACGGUUGAUAUAACGGAGGACGUUCCAGCCCCACCCACUUCUGCACCUGUAGAUAAUCACUCGCCCACCCCAGACUCCCCACCCACGCCCACAGCGUCUUCGACACCCCUGGAGGACGGUCCAUCCCCUUCAUCUGUACCCGUUGAUCAGGCUGAGCCGCGUACGGAAGCUGAAGCCUCCCAGGACUCAUCAGCCGCAUCGUCUUCGCCUUCGGCGGACUCCCCUGUCGGUCGGCGGAACUCGACAACGUCAUCUAUGUUCCCUGCGAAUGACGGGCCCUAUGUCGAGCUUCCGUCGACGCCGGCUCUGGAUGACGACCAGGCGAAUGAGCCAUUGCUGCCGUCUGGUGUUGACGGUGACGCGGCUUCCAUCAAGGGUGGCGUCGAAGCUUCCUCUGUCCUGGACUCAGUGCCGCCUCUCGUGGCUCAGGGCAGGAGCGUCGCUUAA